GAAGAAGACUGCGGGCUUCUUGAAGAAGCAGCUCGCGUUCAUCAUUAAAAUGAUCGGUUUGCUUCUGGCCGACUUCGGUGUUCAGAAGCUGCCACCUAAGCUGGGAUAUAUUGGCAUCGUGCAGAAGUAUGUGGCCGACAGCGACCGCCUCCUGCGUGAAGCAUGCUACGGAGUGCUGUUGGAGCUGUCGUUAUGGCUCGGCGACAUCACAGAGUUCACCAAGACCAUGGAUGAGCCGCAAAGGAAGGAGGUCGCAAAGCGCCUGGAGGAAGUCAAGGAAUCCGGGAAGGCUGCAAAGCGCGGCUACAGAGGCGAGGCCGCUGCUCCAACAGCAGCCAGUGCGAGUGCAGGUCAUCUCCUUGGCAAAGUCGACCCGUUCCUCAAACUUCCCAAAGGAUGGUGCAUCACCAGCGUCACCUCCAUGGAGAAGUGGAAGGAAAAGCUUCAGCAUCUGCAGGUGUUAUCCGAUAUCUUGGAACACCCAGCUGAGCAGCACCGUCUCGCGCCGGGGGACGGCUAUUCUUCCCUGGUCCCGACCAUCCAGCGCAUGAUCAAAGGUGAAAGCAACAUUCCAGUGCUCACCGAAGUAGCCAAGUGCAUGGGCUUGAUCUCCAAGGGUCUCCGGCGAAGUUUCGAGAAGCACGCCAAAGCGCUCUUGCCCGUCGCUCUGACUCGGAUCACCGACAAGAGCGUUUGGAAGCACAAUUGCCUCAUUGACAGGGUGGAGCAACUCUUGUGGUCUAUGCCUUACGAGGUUCUCCUGGAGGAGCUUCCACCUUACAUUGGCUCCAAAAGUUUGUUCGUGAAGAAGGAAGCACUGAACUUGUUGCUUCGUGGCUUGGAGCUCCCACAGGUUCUCGAGAUCUACCCUGACGCAUGUCAGCGGUUUUUCGCCGCAGUCGCGACAUUGACACUGCCACUGAUCGAUGACUCCGACAACACUGUGCGACAAGAAGCAGCCAAAGUGCUGGCAAGAUUGGUGGUCCAGAAUAAGGCUUCGAGUGAUCUUCCAAUGGUUGUAGACCGAAUUCCGUCUCAUCGUCGAGCUGUUUUCGAUGACGAGCUGAAGAAAAUCUCCAAAGACCCAUUGCCGACAACCACGCCAAGUCCUUCACCUAGCAUCAUGCCUGAGCUGCGCUCGGUACCAACACCACUCUCACCUCCAGGAAGGCGCACCUCACCGCUGAAGCAGCGGCUCCAUGCCGUCCCUGUGGAGUCACCGAAGGCCCAGGAGUCUGCACUUCCCAAGUCCACACCGGCUCAGGGCAUCUCGCCGGCCUCUCCCGACAUAAACCCCACGGGCAGUCCUUCUGAGACACCUUUGAUGAAGAAGAUGGCAGAGGAGAUCCGCAACUUGCGCUUCAAGGUGAAGCAGCUUGAGAUGGAGCGGACCCAAACGGAGGUGCUGUCACCGGCCCCGGUCGCGGGCGGGCCGAGCGGGGCUUCAGCCGGGCCAGUCAUCAGCAGGCUCCGUGGACCUUCGGCAGAACGGCUGCGCGUUCCUUCUCUAGAGCGCCGCGAUGCAACACCAAAGCGGGAGCCCAGCACACGCAGGGAGGUGAUGACACCGACAAGGCGACAGCCAACACCGACAAGGCGAGAGCCCACCCCGACGAGCCGGGAGGUGCCCCUAAGGCGUGAGCCCACGCCAACGCGGCAGCGUGAGCUCGUGUUGAUGCCCAAAGAUCCCAGCAGGAGAGAUCUCGGGGCUCCAACGAGACGUGAGCAGCGUGAGCCCACCCCCACAAGGCGAGAGGCAACGCCGACGCGACGAGAGCAAACGCCCCGAGCUAGGCGCGAUCCCACGCCACCCACGCGGCGAGCACCAACACCCACACGCAGAGAUGCUCGGGACAUGACGCCGACGAGGCGGCACACUCCGGGGACGCCUACCAAACGAGAAGACGCCAGGAUGUCUCAGGAAAAUUCUUACGACGACACUGCACUUCUCUACGGUGCGAGCGUGGUGCCCUUCAACAUAGGGCCGACCAAGCUAUCGAAGCAGGCCCGGCAGCAAAGGGAAAGAAGCCAGUACUGGGGUCCAGAGACCAUCCCAGCGGAUCAUUUGGCAUCCCUUCGCGAGCAAUGGCGCGUUUGCAUUGAGGAUUGGCUUUGGCGCCAGAUGUUCACAGACCGCUUAGAAGAACAGCUCGCAGGGUUGCAGCAUUGGCAAAGACAGGCUGGUGAAUACAUAGAAAUCAUCCUCGAAGCGGACGUAGUGGACAUGCUUCUCAAGUGGCUCACAUGGAUGCUGACGAAUGCCAACACCAAGGUAUGGAAGCUCGUCUUGGAUGUGCUCACGACUCUGCUUCAGAACUUGGAACGCAUGGAUGUUCAGCUCACGGAUCGCGAGACGCAGAUUCUCGUGCCAAACAUUGUCGAGCGGUCCGGGCACAACAUCUUGGUCAUACGUGAGAGCAUGCAGGAACUGCUCAGGAUUUGUGCAUGCGUCGCAUCACGGGGACGAGUGCUUCCGAUGCUGCUGCAUGGGCUGACCUCGAAGAGCAAAAGGUCAGCCGCGUGUUGCAUGCGAGCCAUCGGUGACAUCUUGGAUCGAGGUACCACGUUGGCCCUCCUCCGAUCGCAGAAGGAUCUCGGGCUGGUUCUGAAACUCACUGUCGACAAAGACGCUGAUGUGCGGCGUUCAGCUGUGCACACCGUCAGUCUCUUCUCCCUCUACGUAGACGAUGACGUCUUCAUUAAAGUCUGCGACACUCAGCAGCAGCGAGCAUUGGCCUGCGAAACGAAAGCUCGGCAAGGACCAGCUGUGACUUGCCGGCGUGCCUGGCUCGGCAACUGCUCAGUCCUGGGCGAAGGCGAAAGUGGAGUUUGUGUCUUGCAGGUGGGUGGCCUGUGGCAUCUUGUCGCCAUUGCGCCACUGAUUGGUGAUGGGGAUGACGCGAGCCCGGUAGAUUCUUGGGUGGUGGCACUGCGUCGGCCGAUUCCCUUUCUUCCAUGGCCCAUGAAUGCAGAAGAAGGAGUUGGUAACACGACCACUUCAGAUCCGGAGAAGCAUGAGCCAAACUCCAAAUUUGCUCUCAAGCUUCCCAGCGACAUUGAAACGGCCCCGACCUUGGGCUCUAAGCGGGGACGGCGAUGCACAUCCGCGGAUCGCGGAGCCAUGCGGCUUUGCUUCAUCGACCUUCGUGUCCCCAUCGAAAUCACCAAGGUGGAGGAGCUCUUUGAUCGCCCAGUCGACUUUUUAGUCAACUGCCUCUUUUACCUCGACCUUAUCCUGAACUUCUUCAUAAGCUAUCGGGAUGCGAAGGGAGUCGAAGUGGUGGAUCUGAGGAAAACCUCUUGGUACUACUUCAGGACGUACUUUUGGCCGAAUUUGGUGGCUUGCAUCCCGCCGCAGCUCAUAGAAGCGAUGUUCGAAUCAGAUGUGCGUGGUGACAUAUUGGAGGUGGCGCGUUUCAGCCGUUUGCAGCGGAUCUCCCGUCUGGCACGGCUAGUACGCCUCGUACACCUUUCGAAGCUCCUGAGAUUCAUGGAUGAUAGUCCCGUUAUGGUGCAGCUGAGAAACCUUCGGGGUGUGCGGAUUAUCAAUCUAUUCUGCACACUGUCCUGGGUUGCGCACAUGGUUGGCUGCGGCUGGUACCUUUGCGCAGCACUGAACGGCUCCUCAACGCUGGAGGAUACCUGGCUGGGCAUGCGCGUCAUCGACUCCAAGGGUUCCACACUCCUCUACAAAAGCGACGGCUCACGACAAGACCCCGAGGUUCAGUGGCUCAAUGCUUUCUACUUCGUCCUCACCGUCUUCACUACUGUGGGGUUUGGAGACAUGUCAGCUUAUACACAAGCUGAAAUGGGGUAUGUUUGUGGGACAAUGCUCUUGGGCGCCAUUGUGAACAGUAUCAUCCUGAACGAAGUCAUCGGAACACUGACCCGCCUGGACGAGAGCGCCUCGCGCGUGAUGCAGCAGAUUCAGGUUGUUCAGGAUUUCGCAGAGCACUGCAAUCUCAGCAAGACCUUGCGCAAACAGUUCAAUCAACAGGUCGGGCUCCAGAGUUUGCUGAAAGAUGGUGGCAAGCACUUCUCCGGGGUUGAUGAGGCCUUGCUGAAGAACAUCGAGGCCUGCAAGAACUUGGCGCAGAUCACCAAGAGUUCCCUCGGGCCAUACGGCAUGAACAAGUUGAUCGUGAACCACCUGGGAAAGCACUUCGUAACCAGCGACACAAACACAAUCGUGACGGAGCUCGAGGUCAUGCACCCGGCAGCAAAGCUGAUUGUCAUGGCAGCCAAAUCACAGGAGCAAGAAUCCGGAGAUGGCACCAACCUUUGCGUCAGUUUCGGUGGCGAGCUGCUGCAAAGGGCUGAGGAACUGCUCAAGGAGGGCAUCCACGCAAACGACGUCUACAAAGGCUACGAGCUAGCUAGAGACAAGGCGCUGGACUUCCUGAGCGAGCAGGUGUGCUGGAAAUGCACUGACCUGAAGAGUGUCGACCAGCUAACGACCUGCGUGAAAACCGCCAUCGCAUCCAAGCAGUUGGGCUGCGAAGGUCCCCUGGCGAAGCUAGUGGCUGAGGCUUGUGCCCAGGUCAUGCCGCCUGUGCCAAGCAAAUUCGAUGUGGACAAUGUCCGUGUGACGAAAGUGCAGGGGGGCAACUUGAACAGCUCAUUUGUCGUGGAGGGUAUGGCCAUCGCACGACGGACCAGCGGUGUGGAGCAGUUCAAAGAGAAAGCCAAGGUGGCUGUCUAUGCCGAAGCACUCGAACUGGGCUCAACUGAGACGAAGGGCACCGUCUUGUUGGAGAGUGCAGAGCAACUCAUGAACUUCAGCAAGGGUGAGGAACUGAAGAUGGACGAGCUGAUCCGUGGCAUCAAGGAGGUUGGAGUGGAGGUGGUCAUCGUGGGAGGAACGAUCAAUGACAUGGCUUUGCAUUUCUUGAACAAGUACAAGAUCAUGGCCCUUAAGAUCUCCUCCAAGUUCGAGCUGCGCCGGAUUUGCCGCACUGUGGGUGCCACUUCCGUCAUCCGAACCGGACCACCGCUCCCAGAGGAGUGCGGUUAUGUGGAGUCAAUCAAAGUGGAGGAGAUCUCUUCCGAAAAGUUCACCAUCAUGAAAACGAGAGACUCCAAGAUCGCAACGGUCGUACUGCGCAGUGCGAGCCCCAACGUCUUAGACGAAUUGGAAAGGGCAGUUGACAAUGCAGUCAACGUAGUGCGAUGCACCUGCCGAGACCCCAGAUUCGUGGCAGGCGCAGGGGCAACGGAGAUAGAGCUUGCACACCAGCUACAGCAGUUCGGUGCCACUGUGCCAGGACUAGAUCAGUAUGCCGUCCUGAAGUUUGCAGAAGCACUUGAAGUAGUCCCAAAGAUCUUGGCAGAGAAUGCCGGGCACAGCCACGUGGAUGCGAUCACCGCACUCUAUGCGGCCCACCAGAAGGGCGAGAAGACCGCAGGUGUGGACGUCGACUCGGGCACCUUGGUUUGCAACGCCGCCGAGCGGGGCAUCCUGGACCACUCCGAAACUAAGAAGUGGGCCAUCCGCUUCACCCUUGAUGCCGUGCUCACGGUCUUGAAAGUAGACCAAAUCAUCAUGGCCAAGCAGGCAGGAGGUCCCAAGGGCGGCGGCGAGGGCAAUCGUGACGACGACUGA